UCCGUUUGCGGUGGAUUAGAGUUUAAUCCGAGGGAAGACGGAGAGAGACUGAAAGAUUGAGCGGCUCACUGUUAGACUAAACCAGGCCCAGAAACCACGAAAUAGAUCAAAACAAAUACAAAAAUUUAAUGACAUGAAAACACAUUAGCAGUUUGCGUUGAGAAAUUUUGGAAACGCCAUUACGUCUCGCCCCUUUUUUUGUUCAUUUUACGUCGGCUGUCUUGGUUUAUUCUGGCAGAAAUUGACAGCCGCUGGGACCCCGACCGAAGGACACAGAGAUAUUGUAAAAUAGAGAUUGGGUGGUAAAGGCGUCCCUGCUCCCCUUCCCCUCCGGGCCGAGAAGCCCAGCUGUGGGGUGAUCGUGGUUUGGAAGUCGGGGGCUAGCUGGUUUGCUAGCCGUAUUUUCAAACAUGUCAGCCAAGGAGCAGAACAGACUGUCCACCGUCGAGCGGCCGAUUAAAGCGGUGCCGUACCCCCCCACGACACGCCUCACCAUGAAGGAGCUGUAUGAGGACGGGAAGCCCAAGGUGGAGGUGCUGAAGUCUCACCUGGUGAAGGAGGGGCGGCUGGAGGAGGAGGUGGCCCUGCGCAUCAUCAACGAAGGAGCCAACAUCCUCCGGCACGAGAAGUGCAUGCUGGAGGUGGAGGCUCCAAUCACAGUGUGUGGUGAUGUCCACGGGCAGUUCUUCGACCUGAUGAAGCUGUUUGAGGUGGGCGGGUCCCCCAACAACACGCGUUAUCUCUUCCUGGGGGACUACGUGGACCGGGGGUACUUCAGCAUCGAGUGUGUGCUCUACCUGUGGACCCUGAAGAUCAACCACCCCACCACUCUGUUCCUGCUCAGAGGAAACCACGAGUGCCGGCACCUCACAGAGUACUUCACCUUCAAGCAGGAGUGUAAGAUAAAGUAUUCAGAGAGGGUGUACGACGCCUGCAUGGAGGCCUUCGACUGCCUGCCCCUCGCCGCCCUCCUCAACCAGCAGUUCCUGUGUGUGCACGGCGGUCUGUCCCCUGAGGUCAACUGCUUAGACGACAUCAGGAAGUUGGACAGGUUUAAGGAGCCGCCGGCGUUCGGGCCCAUGUGUGACCUGCUGUGGUCCGACCCUGGAGAGGACUACGGCAGCGAGAAGACGUCCGAACACUUCAGCCACAACAGCGUGCGCGGCUGCUCCUACUUCUACAGUUAUCCAGCGGUGUGCGACUUCUUGCUGAACAAUAACUUGUUAUCAGUAAUAAGAGCACAUGAAGCACAGGAUGCAGGGUACCGUAUGUACAGGAAGAGCCAGACAACAGGGUUCCCUUCACUAAUCACAAUCUUCUCUGCACCAAACUACCUAGACGUCUACAACAACAAAGCUGCUGUGCUGAAAUACGAGAACAACGUGAUGAAUAUUCGCCAGUUUAACUGCUCCCCCCACCCCUACUGGCUGCCCAACUUCAUGGACGUCUUCACCUGGUCGCUGCCCUUCGUGGGAGAGAAAGUGACUGAGAUGCUGGUGAACGUGCUCAACAUCUGCUCCGACGACGAGCUCAUGUCCGAGGGAGACGACACCUGUGAAGGUGGUGCCCCAGCAGUGCGGAAGGAGGUGAUCCGAAACAAGAUCCGUGCCAUCGGCAAGAUGGCCCGAGUGUUCUCUGUGCUCAGAGAGGAGAAUGAGAGUGUUCUGCAGCUGAAGGGUCUGACCCCCACUGGAACGCUGCCGCUGGGAGUUCUGUCAGGAGGCCGUCAAACCCUGCAGAGCGCCACCAUAGAGGCGGCAGAGGCCAAAGCCAUCAAAGGCUUCAAACCGCAGCACAGGAUCCAGAGCUUCGAGGAGGCGCGUGGCCUGGACCGCAUCAAUGAGAGGAUGCCCCCGCGUAAGGACGGCCUCGCCAACAACGCAGCCAACGCCCCCGACAAGAACGGCACCAACGCCCAGGCGUAGGCCUGCCCCACCCGCCUGAGCCCCCGCCCCAC